AUGGCCACCCGCGUCGGUCUCCUCGACUCCGACUCCGACGUCUCCGAGACCGAGGACGAGCUCACCCCUCUCGGCGUCGCGAAUCGCUCGCGAAAGCCCCCGAUCGACGAUGAUUUCAUGGAUGAGGACGCGCCCGGUGGAUUCUCUGAGAGUCUCGGGCGCGGCGACGCGAUCGACCUCACGGACGCGAUGCGCGCGCUUCGCGAGCACGAAGACGCCGUGCGAGCGAUCGAGAACGAUCGGUACGUCGACGCGGACGUCGACGCGGCCGCGACGGGCGCGGCGCGCGCGCGCGAAGACGCGGAGACGCGAGACGGCGAUUCGAACGGUCGCGCGGCGGUUUCGACGGCUCGACCGCGCGCGCCGCUCGCAGCGAAGGCGGUCGCGGUGGCGGUUCGGGCGCUGGAGUUGAAAUCGUGCGACGUUCGGACGAGCGCGCCGACGACGUUUGAGACGACGUUCGGGGGGGUGGACGCGUACGGGGGGCGAAGCGGCUCGCGCGGUGCGGCGCACGGACCGAGAGGCGUCGUCGGCGCGCCGGCGAUCGAGAGCGAUGCGGUGGUGUUAAAAGCGGUACGCACGCGGGCGACCUUCGAGAGCGUCGAGGGGGCGCUCGCGGUGGCGCUCGAUCAGGCGGUGCGUAGGGCGGAUGGAGGUUUACGUUUGGCGUGCUCGAGAGAGGCGCGAGAGGCGGCGCCGUACGGAGUCGCCGCGGUGUGUCUACGGCAUCUGGAGGCGGUCGUGGAGUCGUUAGCGAGCUCGAGCGGGGACUUGGACGACAAUCGCGCGCGCGCGCGCGCCGAGGCGGAGGUGAGCGCGUGGGCGCUUACGAGCGAGUUGUUUGCUGAGGACAAGUUUGGAGCGGCUCGAGGCACCGCAGCAGAAGUGCAUCGUCGUCGCGCGGGUGUGAGCACUUGGUUGCGCGACCAGGUCGCGCGAACGCGCCCAUCGGAAGAUGAGUUAGAAGGGAGGCGUGCGAUGCUUACUCACGCCGCGGGAGGUCGAAAAGUGAGUGCGGCACGUGCGGCGGCGGCGCACGGUGAUCCGCGCCUGGCAACGUUCUUGGCGCAAAUCGGCUCUAGUAAAAACGUGGCGUUUUAUGCCAAGCAGCAGCUCACGCGAUGGCGCGUGAACUCUGUUGGGAAGUACGUAGACUCUGAAAGCGAACAGGCAUUCAAGCUUUUGGCCGGAGAAGUCGAGAGAGACGCCGACGGCAUGGGAUGGUAUCAAAACUUGGGCCUGCACUUGUGGCUUGCGUCGGGUCCGACUUCGCCACUGCGAGAGGUUGUGCAAAAGUAUCUUGACGCCGUGGCAACGGACCGCGCGGCAAAUCCCGUGCCGCCCAUCGCAGGCUACGAAUGUCUAGAUGCUAACCAAGCGAUCCAUCUGCGCGACGUCGCGUUCAACAUCCUAGCCCUCGCAGCGUCGACGGAAGACAACGGUUGUUCACCGACCGCAGCGGAGGUUCGCGUCGCGUUUCAUCCGCUUACGUACUCCGAUGACGUGUUGGACUCGUCGUUGGCGUGGCAUCUCUUUGGCAUUUUGGAUGCCAUCGAUGUUCUUGCGGGAGAAGAAAUGGACGCUCUCGCCGAUGAAAUUACGGUGGCGUUCGCGACCCAACUCCUUGGUAUGUCGGCGAACGGUCACUGCGAGUGGGCCGUCUUCGUCGCGCAGCACUUGCGGGAUCCGGUGAGAAGGGUGAAGACCACGAGUCACAUUUUACGCGAACGAAUCGAAGAGUGGAACGGCGACGACGCCAAAGUGACCUUCAUGCUCGAGGCGUGCAGUGUUGCUCAGAACCAGCUCGAUGAGGCGCGGGCUUUGUGGGCGACGUACACGAUUCCGCGCCCGUGA